GGGAGGGAGGAGAGCCGAUGCGAGAGGAGACGUCAGCGAGCCCGAGCCCCGGGAGCCAGGGCUCACCCCUUGACCGUCCACAUGGGGAUUAGCCGUAGACACGCUGAAACCCAGCCCGGCCUCUCGCCAACACACAGCUCCGCCAGCAGGUGGAGUGGAAAGAGCUUUUUAGUCAGCCCAAUCCAAGGUCAACCCUGUCAGCAACUGGUCCCUGCAGGAACUCAGCCAGGUCACCUCGCCUCUCUGAGCCUCAGUGUCUGGGGCAGAAACGGCCCAGCAGAGCUGAGCAGUGGGGAAACUGAGGAGCUGCAGCGGAUCAAAUGGCACCGGAAGAAGCUUCUGGAGGACAUCCAGAAGCUGAAAGAUGAGAUUGAAGAUGUGUUUGCCCAGAUCGACUGUUUUGAGAUGACAGAAGAGAGCCGGCUGGCCCAGAAGGAGAAGGAGCUGUGCAUUGGGCGCAAGAAGUUCAACAUGGACCCCAUGAAGGGCAUCCAGUAUCUCACUGAGCACAAGCUGCUGACCUCCAGUGCCCAGGACAUCGCCCAGUUCCUGUACAAGGGCGAGGGCCUCAACAAGACGGCCAUCGGCAACUACUUGGGGGAGAGGGACCCCAUCAACCUGCAGGUCCUCCAGGCCUUUGUGGACUGCCAUGAGUUCGCCAACCUCAACCUCGUCCAGGCCCUCAGGCAGUUCCUGUGGAGCUUCCGGCUGCCGGGCGAGGCCCAGAAGAUUGACCGGAUGAUGGAGACCUUUGCCGCUCGAUACUGCCUCUGCAACCCAGGUGUCUUCCAGUCCACAGACACCUGCUAUGUCCUGUCCUUCUCCAUCAUCAUGCUCAACACCAGCCUCCACAACCCCAACGUCCGCGACAAGCCGCCCUUUGAGCGCUUUGUGUCCAUGAACCGGGGCAUCAAUGACGGCAGUGACCUGCCGGAGGAACAACUACGGAACCUCUUCGACAGCAUCAAGAGUGAGCCCUUCUCCAUUCCUGAGGACGACGGCAAUGACCUCACGCACACCUUCUUCAACCCUGACCGCGAGGGCUGGCUGCUCAAGCUGGGAGGCCGCGUGAAGACGUGGAAGCGGCGCUGGUUCAUCCUCACCGACAGCUGCCUCUACUACUUCGAAUUCACCACGGACAAGGAGCCGCGGGGAAUCAUACCCCUUGAGAACCUCUCAGUGCAGAAGGUGGACGACCCCAAGAAGCCAUUCUGCCUGGAGCUCUACAACCCCAGUUGCCGGGGCCAGAAGAUAAAAGCCUGCAAGACCGAUGGCGACGGCAAGGUGGUGGAGGGCAAGCACCAGUCUUACCGGAUCUCGGCCUCCAGCGCCCAGGAGCGGGACCAGUGGAUCGAGGCCAUACGAGCCAGCAUCACCCGCGUCCCCUUCUACGACCUGGUCUCUGCUCGGAAGAAGAAGAUCGCCAGCAAGCAGUAGGCUCCCGGGAGGUGCUGCUGGGGCCUGGAGGCAUCCUCCCCUCCCCCACUCAGCCUGACGAGUGGGGAGGCGACGCUCAGGAGCGUGGGUGAGGGCCCCGAGCCGGCAGUGAGGCCCCUCGGCGCCCAGCUGCUGCCAGGAAAGGCCCGGAGAAAGCAGGCGAAGAGAAACCAGCCCCAGAACGCGUCCGCGUCCUCUCUCUCUGGGCCUCAGCUUCCUCCUCUGUGACUGAAAUGCCGUCGGUCCUCACGGUAGGAGAGGCCGUGCGGUUCCUAAGCUCCAUCCCCGAGGCACCGUGUGCCUUCUUCCCAAGUCUCACUCCUCCUGUGGUGCUUGGAAAACUUUGAGGUUUGGGUAGGAACGUCUUCGCCCCUCUGGCUGUGUGCCCCCCGCCAUUCCAGCCGAUAAGGGGAGCCACAGCUCCACUGCAAGCCCCAGCAAUCAGUGAGCUGGCUGCUCCCGCCUCUCAAACUGCUUCCUCCAGGCAGGACAGGAUUGCACCAGUCUCCCUGAGGAGCUUCCCGCUGGAGACGGCUGCACUUGUUUACUAAGCUGGAGGGGACUCUGAACUGAAAACUGCUGGGGAGCUGAGGGCUCCACCCUCAGGAUCAUCAUUUCAGGGGAGGGAUUCCUCAAGAAAAUGGUGCAGAACAUCCCAGACGAACGUACUCAGUCAGGACUGGUGAUACAACCAAGAAGCCAAGAAGAGGGAGCUUUAUAGGUGUGGUUACCAGGAGGGCUGCCUGGAGGCAGCAGCCAAGUCAAUGAGUGACACAGAGUCAUGGCAGAGUCUCAGCCAAGGCUUCCCUGCGAGCCCACUGAGCGGGUACCCCUGGUGGUGAGGGCAACCCAGGCGGGUCCCCGCAUCCUGAGACCCUCUGUAGCAGCACCUCUGAGAGCUGAGCUGACUCCCAGAACACUGUCUCCGGGAGGCCCUAGCCUGGAAGAGGGUCCCUCGAAAAGGCUUCUCGGAGGUACUUCUCACCCCCUCAUUCGGGUCCUGGGGGAGCCCCUGGAGGGAAGUUCCCUGCAGGAAAGCAGGAUAUGGGGUUGCCUCUGCCCCAGUGCCAGCCUGAGUGGGCGAGCAGGAGCUAGGGGGUUCCCCAGGGGAGGGGAGGCCACCUCUCCUGCCUCCACCCCCACGCCCACGUGCAUACAGUCUGCAGCAUCACGAUGGAGCAGCUGCUUGGGCGCCAAGGUGCCUGGUCAUGAGACUGCACCGAGGGGCUGGGCUGGGCAGCUGCAGGAGGCCUUGCAGGACAUUUCAGGACCUCCAAAGACAUCAUGUCACCUGGGAGCUGAGCCCACCAUGCAGGGGCGCCAGGGCUCAUGGGAGCAACGCUGGUCUGGGGGUCACGGGGUCUGAGGUCCUCUCCUGCCAUUGCCAUGUGCUGGCCGGGUGAUCUCAGUGCACUCCGUCCUCUCUCUGCCCUCAGCUCCUCCCCCGUCACUGAGGAGGAAUCAGUGAUUCUCUGGGCAUGAGUAGCACGAACCACGCAGAAGAGAGAAUAAAAGCCAUGAUCCAGCCCUGGCCAGUUUGGCUCAACGGUUAGAGCGUUGGCCUGCGGUCUGGAGAGACCCGGGUUCGGUU